AUGUCUAUUCAAACCAGCGAUCCUAACGACCCGAACGGGUCCCUGAAGUCGCUUUCAUUGAUUGCAGCACACUCACACAUCACAGGUCUUGGUCUGGAUGACAACUUACAGCCCCGUGCCUCUUCUGAGGGAAUGGUUGGCCAAUUACAGGCCAGAAGAGCCGCCGGUGUUAUAUUGAGGAUGAUUCAGAAUGGCUCCAUUGCUGGGAGAGCAAUCCUAGUCGCGGGCCCACCUUCCACUGGUAAGACUGCGCUCGCUAUGGGUCUAUCGCAGUCUCUGGGUAAAGAUGUGCCAUUCACAGCUAUUACUGGUUCUGAGAUAUUUUCCUUGGAGUUGAGCAAGACUGAGGCGUUGACACAGGCCUUCAGAAAGUCCAUUGGUAUCAAGAUCAAGGAAGAGACAGAGUUGAUUGAGGGUGAAGUUGUCGAAAUUCAAAUAGACAGAUCUAUAACCGGGGGUCACAAGCAAGGUAAGCUGACCAUCAAGACGACAGACAUGGAGACUAUCUAUGAACUAGGUAAUAAGAUGAUUGAUGGACUCACCAAGGAGAAGGUUCUAGCUGGUGAUGUGAUCUCUAUAGACAAAGCCAGUGGUAAGAUCACUAAACUGGGAAGAUCAUUUGCAAGAUCAAGAGAUUACGAUGCAAUGGGCUACGAUACAAAAUUCGUUCAAUGCCCAGAAGGUGAGCUACAAAAGAGAAAGACUGUGGUACAUACAGUUUCCUUACAUGAAAUUGAUGUUAUCAACAGCAGAACACAAGGUUUCCUAGCUUUAUUUACUGGUGAUACAGGUGAAAUCAGAUCAGAAGUUAGAGAUCAAAUCAACACGAAAGUUGCCGAGUGGAAGGAAGAAGGCAAAGCAGAGAUUGUUCCAGGUGUUCUGUUCAUCGAUGAAGUCCACAUGCUUGACAUUGAAUGUUUCUCAUUUAUUAACAGAGCCCUUGAAGACGAGUUUGCUCCAAUCAUAAUGAUGGCUACCAACAGAGGUAUUUCCAAGACAAGAGGAACUAACUACAAGUCUCCACAUGGUCUACCACUUGAUCUACUAGAUAGGUCAAUUAUAAUAACCACUUCCAAUUAUAACGAGGAGGAAAUCAAGACGAUUUUGACCAUUAGAGCACAAGAAGAAGAAGUGGAACUUUCACCAGAUGCACUUGACCUGCUAACCAAGACAGGAGGUGAAACCAGUCUACGUUACAGCAGCAACCUGAUAUCGGUUGCUCAACAGAUAGCUUUAAAGAGAAAGAGCAACACCGUCGAAGUUGCUGAUGUUAAGAAGGCAUAUCUACUUUUCUUGGACAGCUCACGUUCUGUGAAGUUUGUUCAAGAAAACCAAGAUCAAUAUAUUGAUGAUAAUGGUAAAGUUAUCAUCUCUACUAGUGGGGAAAUGACACAACCAGCGGAUGGUGAGGCGAUGGACACUACCGAAUAG